AUGAAAAGUGAAGAUUUACAGAAAGUGGUAGCUUUGAAGCAUCAGAAUGGUGAUUAUCGAACGAAAAUUUUUCCUGAUUUGAAUGGAGUACUUGGUUUGACAACUAUUAAAAGAUGGUGCAAAAUGAUUGAUGAAACCGGUUUUAUCAAUUUGACAACAUCACCAGGUCCUCUACGUACAAUUCGAACUGAAGAUGCUAUAAAGAAGGUGUUCGACAUUGAUGGUGUUUACCAUGCCAAAAACGAUCGUGUUUGGACUGUAAAUCGUGAUGAAGCUGAUAAAAAAGGUGGUAUUCAUCAGAAAAAAGCAUUUCCCCAAAAGGUCAUGGUUUGGCUUGGUGUUUGUUCAAAAGGUGUAUCAUCUUUGGUGAUAUUUGAUCAAGGUACAUAUGGAAAUCAUGUCUUCGGAAAUGACUGGACAUUCCGACAAGACGGUGCUAAACCCCACGUUCAUCAAUUAACACAACAAUGGUGUCAUGACAAUUUUCCAGGAUUUAUCGAUAAAGAUCAUUGGCCACCUAAUAGUUCUGAUCUCAAUCCAUUGGAUUACUGUAUAUGGGAUGAAAUUAUAAAGUUCAUUGAUUGCAAUAGAGCGACAUCCAAAGCAACGAUGAUCCAAGAAUUAACACAUUCAGUAAAAAAGAUUCGACAAAAUGUUAUGUUUGAAAGUUGUAACUCGUGGACCAAUCGAUUGUAUCGCAUGUCAAAAAAUGAAUAG